CAUCCGGGAACUUUUGCUAGACGCGUUGUGAUUGGUUACAUGUGUCGCACUCUGUGUAGAUAUUUCCAAGAUGGCGGCGCCCAGUGUAAAGUGGAAUAGGGUUACGAAUUCCAGUGGGCCAAUUCCACGGCCACGUCAUGGACAUAGAGCAGUUGCAAUCAAAGAGCUUAUGGUCGUAUUUGGAGGAGGAAACGAAGGUAUUGUCGACGAGCUACAUGUUUAUAACACAGUGACCAACCAAUGGUUUAUUCCUGCUGUAAGAGGAGAUAUUCCUCCUGGUUGUGCAGCGUAUGGCUUUGUGUGCGAUGGAACCAGGUUGCUGGUGUUUGGUGGUAUGAUUGAAUAUGGAAGAUAUUCUGAUGAUCUUUAUGAGUUACAGGCAAGCAGAUGGGAGUGGAAGAAAUUGUCUCCUCGUCCUCCUCAUAACGGACCCCCGCCUCUUCCAAGAUUAGGACACAGUUUUACGCUUGUGGGCGAUCAGAUUUUUCUAUUUGGAGGACUUGCUAAUGAGAGCGAUGAUCCAAAGACUAAUAUUCCGAGAUAUUUGAACGACUUGUAUACACUUGAACUUCGAAAUCUAAAUGCCAUCUCAUGGGAAGUCCCCCCCACUUAUGGGUCUCCUCCACCCCCACGCGAGUCGCAUACUGCCGUGGCUUGGAAAGACUCCAAUGGUCAUCAGCGACUCAUCGUUUAUGGAGGAAUGAACGGAUCUCGACUUGGAGAUUUAUGGAUGCUUGACGUUGGACCAAUGUCGUGGAGCUGUCCUAUUGUACCUUCAUCUGGACCAAGUCCAUUACCACGCAGUCUGCACAGUGCAAUCUGUAUUGAUGAUAAGAUGUAUGUGUUUGGAGGUUGGGUACCACUCGUAAUUGAUGAGAUGAAACCAUCAAGUCAUGAGAAGGAAUGGAAAUGCAGUGAUACUCUUGCCACUUACAACCUCAAAACCUUAUCCUGGGAACCUGUUUCAAUAGAGAUUGUAGAAGAUACUGCUCCUCGUGCCAGGGCAGGCCACUCUUGUGUUAAUAUCAACUCGCGUAUGUAUCUAUGGAGUGGCAGGGAUGGUUACAGGAAAGCAUGGAACAACCAAGUUUGCUGCAAAGAUCUUUGGUUCCUUGAAACAAAGAAACCACCAGCGCCAUCACGUGUCCAGCUUGUCCGAGCUUCCACCCACACCUUGGAAGUAUCGUGGGGACCCGUUGCCAUUGCAGAUGCUUACCUUCUACAAAUACAAAAAUAUGAGAUUGUCAACAAAAGUCCACCCCCACCCAAAGUUUCCGCUCCCCUUCCCCAGACUUCUGCAGCACAGUUAGUGAACACCACACCACGCCUUGCUUCCCCACUCCCCAUAACUUCCACACAAGCGAACCCCAACAUAACCGGCAUUGCUGCUCUUGCUGCUGCUGCUGCCGCAUCCCAAGGAACAGUGAACAAAGCACCUGGUCUCCCAAGCAAUGUACCAAUGAUAAGUUCCACUACAAACCCAGUUCCGACUGGUUUAAUCUCGACAGAAGGUCAACAUCAACAAGUGACAGUAAUGAAGCCAGCCAAUGUACAACACACACGGCAGGUCUUUACAAUGAAAAAAGGUCCUGUUACUCAGGUCGUGACCACCGUAAUUGGAGGAGUGACCAAAACAAUCACGCUGCUCAAAACACCAAUCACCAGCUUACCUAAACAAAGUGGUGGAUCUAUUGUUAAACUGGUUUCCAGCGGCAACACGAGUUCAAUCAAUCGACCAAUCUCUAUUAUGACGUCACAGUUAGGUGGCGCCACCGGGCAGCCUUCUAUUCUCAAGACAAUCCCAAUCAUUAACAAGACGGGUGCCAACACCACGAAGCUUGUGUCAAUCAACACUAAAGUUAUAACUCCUGGUGUUGGAACUAAGAUACUUACCUCCAACCCACAGGGCAUGAAAGUGAUAUCUAAUGUGGCAGGGAUGCAACGAAUCAUUGUAACUCCUAAACCAAAGCCACUGGUUACUGUACAACAAGCCCAACCCUCUGUAGCAGCAAUAACAUCAGCAUUACCAGCCAGAAUCACCCCACCCCCACCCGUGGUGGUUCAGACUCCAUCAGCUCCUUCCCCAACCCUCAAAGAAGCAACUAACCCCCCACAAGUUCCAAAACCACCAGAAAUUGUUAAAGAAUCAGAUCCGAAACCAGUUGCAGUUGCUACUGAUGGCAGCACAAUCUCCAACACUGCUCCUCCUGUUUCUAGUUUGAAACCUGAGGAAGCAGAACCUCCCGUUCCCAUGGAAACAGAACCCGAUAAUUCAAAGCCGGAGGAAUCCACAAAACCAUCUUCACCAGAAGUCCUUAACCUGCCGAAAAUUUCAGAAGCAAAUAAUUCCACUAAACCCAGCACCGUACAAACCAACAUUGCUCAAACUGACACAACAGCAGCUGGCAACACUGAGACUGGCAACACUGAGACUGGCAACACUGAGACUGGCAACACUGAGACUGGCAGCACUGAGACUGGCAGCACUGAGACUGGCAGCACUGAGACUGGCAACACUGAGACUGGCAACACUGAGACUGGCAACACUGAGGCUGGCAACACUGAGGCUGGCAACACUGAGGCUGGCAACACUGAGGCUGGAAACACUGACGCUGGAAACACUGAAACUGGAAACACUGAAACUGGAAACACUGAAAACACUAAAACUGAAAACACUAAGACUGACAACUCUGAGACUGGAAACACUCAGACUGGAAACACUCAGACUGGCAACACUCAGACUGGCAACACUGAGACUGGCAACACUGACACUGGCAACACUGAGACUGGCAACACUGACACUGGCAACACUGGCACUGGCAACACUGGCACUGGCAACACUGAAACUGGAAGCUCUAAAGUUGACACGUUAUGUAGUAAAAUGGAAAUUAAAAGUCAAAAUGUAAAAGACGAAGAAGAGAAGAUGGAGGUUGGAAACAGUGAUGACAUCAUUAAAUCCAAAGAUCAAUCUUCGAGUGCGAUGGAUGUUGAUGGAGAAGAUGCAAAUGUGAAGAAAGGGUUGGAAGUAAAUGAAGCUGAGAAAAUUAAUGAUGAUAAAGAAACCAAAAUGGAUGAAGAUUUACAACCAGAGCAAACAAAUCAAACAAUAAAUACGGAGUGUAAGAGUCCACCACAUGAAACCACCACUACCAACCAGACAGAUUCUACAAUAACUGCCACAGCUGGUACAACUGACCCCACAUCGACCACUACCAUGGUAUCUGGUGGUUCCAUGGCUUCUGGUUCAGAACAACAACCACCAACAACCACAAGUGAAUGCGAGACCCCACCCCAUGAAACCGCAACAACCAAUCAAACUGACAGCACGAAGACUGUUUCAGCAUCUGACCAAUCCACACGUACUACCCCAUCUACUAUUAUCCCUGUGCCUAUGUCUGCCCCAGAACAACCCCCGACACCUGUGUCCGUUACCCCACCAGUCACAGAAGCAGCAAAGAGCGAUGUUCCACCAAAAGUGGACCAUGUGUGGCAUGAUGUGGCGAUAGUGAAGUCUUCAUCACUCAUUGUCAACCAAUACUUGGAGAAAGUUGAGCAACCCGAGCCAGAUGCAGUUGAUGUUGUAAACAUACCAGAUCAGAAUGGAGUUCUUAGAAAGGUUUCCCUGGAACCAGGUACAGCAUACAAGUUCCGCGUUGCAGCAAUCAACGAAUGUGGUCGUGGUCCUUUCUCUGAUGUUUCAGCAUUUAAAACAUGUCUGCCUGGUUUCCCCGGAGCUCCAUCUGCUAUCAAAAUCAGCAAGACCAUGGAAGGUGCUUCAAUAUCUUGGGAGCCACCCACGAGCACAAAUGGGACGAUACAGGAAUACUCGGUCUACUUAGCUGUGAAAAGUUCACAAGCAAGACAGAAUCCAAAUAACAUGCAAUUUGUGAGGGUGUACCUGGGAAGUUUGCCAAGGUGUGUGGUUCCUCAUGCUCACCUUGGUUCAGCACAUAUUGACUGCUCCACCAAACCAGCCAUCAUAUUCAGGAUAGCAGCAAAGAACCAAAAAGGUUACGGACCAGCUACCCAAGUCAGGUGGCUACAAGAUGCUUCAAAAGUUGACACUCAAAGGCAAGCCUUUAAACGCACUGUUCCAGGGCAAGAAAGUUCUGUGAAGAAGUCAAGAUUAGAAGUUUAAAACUGACGUGUUGUCUUCCUUCAGCAUACAGACACACCACAUGGGCAAAAACACAAGCGACACGCUGUACAUACAACACCUCCGAAAAACUUAUGCCUUUUUUCCUUCUACUCUAUUUUUUGAGCCAUUUCGCAGUUUGCUGUACAGUUCUGUUUAAAGUAUAUUCAUUUCUUCACUUUUAUGUAACCAAGAAUGGCCGUAUGUAGUUGCGACCAUGAUAUACGCAUUGCAUCGGCUUAUAAUUUUCAGGGAAAUCUCGUUGUAGCAGAACGAGCCAGUUCCGAACACAAAGUCAGCAGUAUGAGCGCUUUCUGCCGGUGUACGCCUACAUUGCCACUUGUGUGGUCCUGCUUUUGUUUCAAUUUGAUUAUGAUACACAUAUUUUCUGUGUACACUUCGCGCCGUUUUUUUGCUAAAAAAUAAAUGUGUAGAAAUAUUUUACGAAAAAAAA